GCGUGUCCAAACAAAGGACAGAAGGGACUCUACAAUGGGAGACAGUUUUCACGAGCAGCUGCUGGAGGACAGAUCCUUCCUCAGAUCGGACCGCAGGCUGGACACCGAGCGGGUGGACAAGCUCAUCCUGCAGCUCAACAGGAUCUACCCCCAGAUCCUCUCGGACAAGGAGGCCACCAGGUUCCGGAACUUGGACGUGCCCACCAGUGUCAGGCUGGGUGAGCUCCUGACAGACCUUCAGGGGAAAGGCGAGGAGGCCUGCAGGGAGUUUUACCGAGCCCUCCACCUGCAUGUGGAGGAGUUGUACUACAGCUUGCCCACGAGGCUCCGACUGAGAGAUUCUUUGGAUCCAUUUGCAAAUUCAAGAGUCUACCAACAGAGAUAUGACAUGAACAACAGAGGUCCCCUCUUCUUUCUGGGCUGUUUCAGUGUUGCCAUGGGAAUGGCUUUACUGUAUUAUUACAGUGAAGCGAAAGUGUCGGGAGGCAGUCGGGCCCUGGGGAUGGCGGCGCUGGGUUUGAAAAAAAAUGCUCAGGAGGUUCUUAUUUGGUACACAGAAAAAACCCGCAUGAUUUAAGAGGUGACUCCUUCACUCCAGGUGCUUCAGCAGUUCUGAUCUAAUGAAUUAACUUUCACCAAAGCCCAGUACACUUUAUUUUAUUUUAUUUAGUUUUACGCACAAAUGUAUAGAUUGUUGUGUUACAGUUGUCACUUUUCUCCUCUUUCCCCUCGUGUCUGUCUGUUUAGUUAUCAGAACAAAUGCACCACCACUUCAAGUGAGGUUUGAAGCAAAUUAUUUCACAAUAAAUUAUUGAUUGUAUCGGUGAAAUAAUAAGGCAUGAAACUAGUUUAAUACCUAGCUGUUAUAGGACAUUUAACUACAUUAACAUUUGACUUUUUUGUCACUACAAAUAAUCCUCAGUGCAUUUUGGUCUCUUGGCUGAGACCAGACCUUUGUUGAAAGUAUUUUUUUGCAACGUGGCCGCCAUCUUGUGGUCAGAUGAGGAACUUACAGCAGCAAACCUACUUUGGCUUGCGUUGGUUCAAUAAGAGCUUGUCGUCAUCCCGUCGUUAGAAUCUAUUCAUAAAAAAAUAUGAAUGGACAGAAACAAAAUCGAGCAGGAGGUGGAUAUAGAUUCCACGUGAAGUCCUUUGAGCAUUUGCAGUCAGGUGGUCGCGCCGACCAAUGAUAUCCCGCUCUGUCACCGCAGUGCAUUGUGGGUAGCCCGACAAGCAAAAGUAAAUAACAAUAAAUAUAUCGAAUUAUUGUAAAAAAUUAAGUUUAAAUAUCGAUUCUAUCGUCAUAUCAAAGGCAAAUGAGGUGUAGUAGACAGAAUGAAAGAAAACCAGACUAUGAACCAUGAGUGAGAUACGUUGUCUGACACGCCUCUAUAAAUACCGUUGUGUCGCCAUGGUGUCAGUGUGUUGUAUGAAAGGAGAGAAGGUUAGCACUCCCCUUGACAAGGAUGGAAGAGGCCCUUGUGGUCUUCAACACAUAUACGGUUAAGGCAAUGCCACCUACUUCGUGGCAUCUUCAACCAAGUUUU